AUGGCCUAUCUAAUGGCUAAUUGGGUAACUACAUUUGCGAUCGGGCUCAUCUCUCAUAACCCAAACAACUCAUCCGUUGGUGCAAUUGGUGCAACUGAAGUAGAUAUGGCAUUUCGAGCAUUUUGGACCUCAUUUCUCUUGUUACAUCUUGGCGGUUCGGACAACAUCACUGCCUUUUCUUUGGAGGAUAAUACGCUUUGGCGACGACACCUGUUCACUCUCACCUUCCAAGUCGGUUCUGUCAUCCAUGUCUUUGCGCAUAUAAUUCCCUGCAACAAGUCGCUAGUAUUCCCAACAAUGCUGGUUUUUCUUGCUGGGGUCAUAAAAACUGUGGAGAAGAUACUGGCACUUAAUCUCUCGAGCCUCCCAAGGUUUAAGGAAUGGGUGCUCUCACAACAAGAUUCUCUUGACGAUACAGAUAACGACUCCAUUGUCGAAUUCAUUGAUCUGUUGGAUGGAUAUUCUCACGAUGAAGAAGAUGCAAAGCUUGCCGAGAGCACUGUGGUGAAGCAUGCUUACUACUUCUUUCGAAUCUCUAAGGUAUUCCUUACAGAUCUCAUCUUCACACGCAGACAACGUCAAAUAAGCCAAGAAUAUUUCCGUGCAAUUUCUGCUAUGGAUGCAUUAAGGGUGAUAUCAGUUGAACUCAAUUUCAUUUAUGAGGUGCUCCACACAAAAGCAUUGGAGCAACAGCUUCAUAAACUUGAUGUGAAAAUUACUUAUAUCCUUCUUUUCGGAGGAAUUACUCUUGAUGUGAUAGCUGUGCUCAUGCUCAUUUUCUCUGACUGGACUAUUGCUGGAGUCAAGUGGUACAAAAUAGGAUCGUACAACCUAGAUUCAUUUCUCUACAACUUGGUAUCCGCCGCAUAUGACCUAAGGAAGCCUCAAUUUGCCACACGCGAAGUAAAGCCUAAUGACAAGGUUACUUAUGUGGUCUUAAAUACACCAUUAUUAUUUCAAAGGUGGUCAGAAUCAAUUUCUGCUUGCAAUCUUUUAUCUGAGAGUUUGAAGGAGAGUCCAAGAAAGAUGUAUAAGCACGAUAGGCACUGGGGAAACAUCACCUUUUCUAAUAUCUGCAGUUUUGCACUUUAUAUGACCGAGAAGGUUGCCUCUCGUUUCCAUCAAGCUGUUGAUACAAUCACUAGAAGCUAUGGUCCAAGGAGCAUGGAUGGGAAAAGAUUGAUGAUUGCGAACACAGAGUACGUGUCAACGAAUCCAUUUAUUAUGAGGUUAUGGAUCUUUAUCUUUAAGGAGGUGAGACGUAAAUCUGAGGACACAAGUAGAAAUGAUCUGACGGAGGAUGAGAAUGCAAUUAAUACAAAGAAGAUAUAUGCGGCUAGAGGUGAUCUAUUUCUUAGUCCUGUCCUGUCGAAGAACAAUGACCCCGAUUUUAAAUUUAGUUUGAGGGGCUUUUCUGAUUACGAGGACAGUAUUAUAACGUGGCAUAUUGCUACCGAAAUCCUGUAUAACAUAGAGAACCCCACAACCGAAAAAGAAGAAAGGGAAUUCAGCAAGAUCCUCUCUGACUACAUGUUAUAUCUUUUACUUAAUCAACCUAACUUGGUAUCCGCCGUGGCCGGCAUUGCCCAAAUUACAUUGGCGAGGACGUUGUGGGAGCUACAGGGCUGCAUCACUGCUUCUACCAAGAAUGUGGAGAGCUUAUGCAAGGAAAUUUUCAAACGACCGGCCUACACUGAACCUACGAAAUCGUUACUUGACAGGGGGAUCUUUUGGGCCCGACAUAUAGAAGAAAAGUUCAAGGAAAGGAAGUGGGAGGUGAUGAGCGGGGUGUGGGUUGAGAUGCUAUCAUAUGCAGCAACUCAUAUCAAUGGGGAGACACAUGUGCAGGUGCUGAGCAGAGGUGGAGAGCUUCUUGCCUUUGUUUGGCUGUUGAUGAUUCAUUUCGGUUGUUUCUACAGACCUGAAUGGGGCCCAUAUUAUGGUUACAGGCAUUAG